CUAUGACAUUUAAACGUACACGAAAUGGUUUACAUAUCAACUAAGAAAAUCUAAACAUGACACGUACUUUCUUAUAUGACAGAAAAUCUGUUACACGCUGUUGAUGAAGAGAGAGAAUCCAUAGAACACCAAAAUGCGGCGUUUAUUGAUCAACUGGACGAUCUGUCAAAUGAUGAUAUCAAAUAUAAAUACUCUUGAAUGGCCUGAAGAAGAGGUGUCUACCUGCCACCAUAUACACGGGCAUAUUGACCUGAUAUGUAACAGUGGGGGUGGCAUCGAGGUCAUCAAUGCUGUAGCUCAACCUCUGCCAACUGACAGCACACUAGAAUGUGUAAACAACAAUAAAGCUACGUGUACAAAGAACCUAUCCGAAGAGGUCAAAGCGAGAUGUUCUGGGAAGAGAUAUUGUAAGUGGAAGAUUUCCAAAAAUUGGUCCAGGGCGAGGCAUCUACGACAGUCAAAGUUCUGCUGUGUGAAUCUACCCUGUAAUACGAUUCGAUUCAAAUGUAUUCCAGGACAAUGUGAUCCUCUUCCACCACCUUUGAAUGGUUAUGUCAGUGUGUCAGAUAGUGCGCAAACUAUAGGUACCAUAGCAACGUAUUACUGCCACGACAACUAUGUACUGCAUGGGGAAACAACAAGAACAUGCAGCAUGCAAACUGAUUAUGCAUAUAGAUGGAAUCAUUUGGAGCCAGAUUCAAUCCCAAUGUGCAAUAUAGACCAUACACUGUGCAGCAGCCCACGGGGGAUACGGACCACCGAGAUAUAUGCUCUUGGAAACACAUGCUACAAAUUAAAUGGUAAAAAAGACUAUACUUACAGUCAGGCCAACGCAAGAUGUUCAAGAGACGGAUGGGAACUCGCUACUCUUGAUAACAACCGUAUCUAUAAUCGGAUUAUAGAUCACAUUGUCCAAACGAUCAACUGGAUCGGUGAUCCAGGAGAGGACGGGAACAUAUAUUGGAUUGGGGUUGGUAAAGCGUCACAACCGAAGGCGUGCUACUUUGUCAACUUGGACAAGGAUCAUGUUGAUCCUAAAAAGCAAAUUGUGCAAUACGAAGUCGGAGAUAGCUGUAACCAGAUGAACGGUUACAUAUGCCAGUAUAAUAUUUCCAAGCACGAAUAUUGGACUGAAAAAGCAACUCACACGAGAGAAGAAUCACAAUAUGAAAAGAGAACAGAGCCUAGAAUGAAUAAAAUCCUAGACAAAGCCAAAACAACGCCUGAAAUUGAUGAAUUACAAUAUAAAUACACAACGACGCCUGAAAUAGAUAAACCGCAAUAUAAAUACACAACGAUACCUGAAAUAGACGAAGCGCAAUAUAAAUACACUACGACGCUUAAAAUAGACGAACCGCAAUAUAAAUACAAAACGACGCCUAAAAUAGAUGAACCACAAUAUAAAUACACAACGACGCCUGAAAUAGAUGAAUCACAAUAUAAAUACACAACGACGCCUAAACUAGAUGAAUUACAAUAUAAAUACACAACGACGCCCAAAAUAGAUGAAUCAUUAUUCACAACGACGCCUAAAAUAGAUGAAUCACAAUAUAGAUACACAACGACGCCUAAACUAGAUGAAUCACAAUAUAAAUACACAACGAAGCCCAAAAUAGAUCAAUCGCAAUAUAAAUACACAACGACGCCUAAACUGGAUGAAUCACAAGAAAGAAGUAGAGUGUUACCUAAAAUAGAUGAAUCAAAGUAUGAAGGUAAAGGAAAGCUUAAAACACACGACAAAGAUAGAGCGAAGUCUGAAAUAGAUGAAUCACAAUAUAAAUAUACAAUGACGCCUAAACUAGAUAAAUCACAAUAUAAAUACCCAACGACGCCUAAAAUAGAUGAAUCACAAUAUAAAUAUACAAUGACGCCUAAAAUAGAUGAAUCACAUGAAAGAAGAAGAUUGUUACCUAAAAUAGACGAAUCAAGAUAUGGAGACAAAUCAAAUCUUAAACAAGAUGAAACACACGGCAAGAAUAAAGCAACGCCUGAAAGAGAUGAAUCACAAAAUGAAGAUAAAACAGCGCCUAAAAUAGAUGAAUUACAAUAUAACAAAAAAAUAACUAUGUCCGAAAGAAACGAUACAAAAUAUAAAUAUAAAGCAACACCUAAAAUAGAUAAAUCAACCCUCAAAACAGAUGAAUCGCAAGAUAAAUAUGAAGCAGUGCCUUCGAAAGACAAAUCAGAAAAUGAGGGUAUUCCAUCUUCUGAAAUAUAUGGAUCAAAUAAUAAGAAUAGAACAAUGUCUAGAACAUAUAAAUCACAAGAACCCAUACCCAAGGGAAAAAAAUCACAAGAAAACCACAGGCACAGCACAUACAAAGCUAAAGACAAAGAUAGAACAAUGCUUGAACUAGAUAAAUCAUCAUCCAGGUCUUUGUUGCGGAAACCGGGGAAGCCUAUAAUCGUAUGUAAAACUUGUGAAACGAAAAUACACCACAGAAGGAAAAAACACAACGAUACGGAUAUGCACCACGGGAAGAAAUUGCACCAUGGGAAGAAAAGCCACCAUAUGAUGCUGAAUAAUAGACAAAAUACUACUUUUAGUAUUUUCUCAAAUAUUCUUAACUUGAUGUUAAAAUUGCACGACUUUGGCGAGGACAUCAUUUUAAUACGUGCGAAGCGUCCUCAUGGUAAUAAGGAUAUGAGCAUGAAACUGUUUGGGACGCCAGGCGUAGGGAAUGAAAUUAAACGGAUAAUAGGACGGAAGCGUAGGAUACGAAGACUGUUCGUACACAAAUACAAGAAGCGUGCUAAUUCCUGAAACAAACAAAUAAUCCGUCAAUCUAUUAAACAACGAUAUCUUUCUGAAUCCAUUGAUUGUUGCUGGAAAUACUUUAUUGACCACGAUUUUCUAUUUCUGAUCUAUCCAUAGGCUAAAGGGCGAUAGAAACAAUUUUUAAAUAAAGAGGGCAGACCAAUCAAACUCUAGAGAUAAAUGUUGAUAGGAGUCUACCUCUGCUGCCAUCUUUAUAUCCGCCCAAAAGCUAUGGCUCUAUCUGUG